AUGAUCCUCGUCCAAACAAUUUGGGGCCUCAUCAUACUGGCGCUGAGCGCUGCCGUUGCAGCGCAGAAGCCCAAUGUCCCCCUCAGCUCAACCAGUCGCUGGAUGGUUGACAGGGCUGGAAAGCGAGUCAAGCUGCGAUGCAUCAACUGGCCUGGCCAUAUGGAGACCAACAUCCCCGAAGGUCUCCACAGACAGACAGUCGACUACAUCGCUGGAUGGAUCGCACAGGAGGGCUUCAAUUGCGUGCGAUUGACCUUUUCAAUCGACAUGGCCCUGAACCCAAAUCUCCCCGUCGAGGACUCUUUCCGACAGGGAGCUGCCGAGGGUGGCGUGGACGAAGGGGCCGUGAUGGCCCUCUACAGUCAGGCUGUCGAGAAGAAUCCAUUUUUGAGCUCAUCGACCGUUCUGGAUGUCUUUGGCAAAGUCCAAGAUGCCCUGUGGGAGAAGGGCGUCAUGACGAUUCUCGACAACCACGUCAGCAAGGCCAAGUGGUGCUGCGACCUCGACGAUGGAAAUGGAUGGUGGAAGGAUGCCCCGGGGUAUAUCGACGCCAACAGCAAGUACUUUGACAGCCAGAACUGGCUUGAUGGCCUCAAGGCCAUGGCCCAGUGGUCAGCAAGCAGAGAAGGAAUUGUCGGAAUCUCUCUCCGCAAUGAGCUGCGCGCUCACGUCACCCAGAUACCUUGGGGCGGCGAGACAUGGUUCGACAAGAUGCCCCAGGCCGCUGAUAUCGUCCAUGCAGCCAACCCGAAUGCGUUGAUCAUCAUCGGUGGUCUUGAUGGCGGCACGAACCUCGGCGCUCUCAGGGACGGCAGCAUGCCUACGGACCGGUGGCCGGGCAAGAAUGUGUGGGAGGCUCACGCCUACAGUUUUACCGUGACCCAGCCGGACUUUGGAAGCUGUACCAUUAGGAAGACCAUCUAUGGUUUCUUCUUCGGCUUCGUCCUCGAACAGAAUAAGGCGACGACGGGACCACUGUUCCUCUCCGAGUUUGGUGUAGGAAUGGAAGGCGGUCCCAAUGAUGGACUGAGUGACAAGGACUCUUCGUACCUCUCAUGCCUUGUUGGGUAUAUGGAGAACAAUGACGCUGAUUGGGGAAUGUGGAGUAUUGCUGGAACAUACUAUAUAAGACAAGGAAACGUGGACGUGGUUGAUACGUGGGGUGCGUUGGAUAAUUCCUGGAGUGGCUGGAGGAAUGCUAAAUUCAAGGGCAAGCUAGGGAAGAUGUUCGAGGUCACCCAAGGGCCUUGA